GGGCGGCGGGCGGCGGGCAGAGCCUGCGCGGGUCCUGCGCGGCUUUUGCGCGGCCGGGGCAGCACCAUGGAGAGCGGCGCGGCAGGACGCCUGGACGCCGCCGCCUUCCUGGGAGCCUGGCGCCGCUUCGACGCCGACGACAACGGCUACAUAGAAGGGAAGGAGCUCGACAACUUCUUUCACCAUCUCCUGGAGAAGCUGGGGCCAGAAGACACCAUCACGGAAGAAAAAGUUCAGAGGAUGAAGGAGCAGUUCAUGUCCGCCUACGAUGUCAGCACCGAUGGCCGCUUGCAAAUCCAAGAGCUUGCAAAUAUGAUCUUGCCAGAUGAUGAAAACUUCCUGCUGCUUUUCCGCCGAGAAACUCCCUUGGACAACAGUGUGGAGUUCAUGCGGAUCUGGCGCAGCUACGAUGCUGAUAGCAGUGGAUUUAUUUCAGCUGGCGAGCUCAAAGAUUUCCUGCGAGAUCUCUUUCUGCAGCAUAACAAGGUGGUUGCUGAAGUAAAGCUGGAAGAAUAUACUGACACGAUGAUGAAAAUCUUUGACAAAAACAAGGAUGGACGGCUGGACCUGAAUGACCUGGCAAGGAUUCUGGCGCUUCAGGAAAAUUUCCUUCUUCAAUUUAAAAUGGAUGCUUGCAGCACAGAGGAAAGGAAAAGAGAUUUUGAGAAAAUCUUCGCACACUAUGACGUUAGUAAAACGGGAGCACUUGAAGGCCCGGAAGUGGAUGGGUUUGUCAAAGACAUGAUGGAACUGGUCAAGCCCAGCAUCAGCGGGGUGGACCUGGACAAAUUCCGCCAGAUUCUGCUCAACCACUGCGAUGUGAACAGGGACGGGAAAAUUCAGAAAUCGGAACUGGCCUUGUGUCUUGGGCUUAAAAUGACCCCGUAGCUGUGGCGGUGCUUGUGGCUGUGUUUUCCUUGUGCCCGCUACUCCUGGUAAAAGUGUGCUGUGUAAGCAGGCAGGUGGUGGGGCAGGGGGGCAUUUGUAUGGAUGGGCAGCAGAUUGGGGAGGACAAUUUUAUCAGUGCAUAUAAAUACCUGAAGGGAGGGUGCAAGGAGGGUGGAGCCAGGCUCUUUUCAGUGGUUCCCAAUGCCAGGUCAAGAGGCAAUGGGCACAAACUGGAACACAAGGGUGUCCCUGCUGGAGCAGUGCUGGGACCAGGCAGCCUCCAGAGGUCACCUCAGCUAUGCUGUGACUGUGACAAGUGUCAGUGGGUGGUAUUCAGUAGAUGCCACUGCUUGUGGGCCCCUCCAGCAGCUUCUCUGCCCACAAGCACACCAUUUGCUCAGAAAAGGGGCUGCUCGCCUACUCCUGCCCCCAUGAAACACUGCCCAGCCUGUCUGCUAGAGUAGGGACAAGCAUCUCCUAAUGUCAGUGCUCUUGGGCUGCUGCUGCUCUGUGUUUCUGAUGGUUGCCUUCCGUGUGAAGUAAUUUCUUUGGUGAGCAUUGUGCUUUUGUUUGUGCAGUUAAAAUAUUGGAUGGUUGACAGUGUAUUUGUGCAGAAAUAAAAUAGAAAAAAAAAAAGGCAGUUACAGAAAAUCAGAAA